UUACAACAUACACACGCACACAAUGAUUUGAUUGAGUGGUGGCUAGUCCGGGUCUCAUUUGCUUUGCUUUCAGUGCUUCAUUAUAUGACAGACAGUGUGGCCUCUGCUGCACUGUCGGACUGCAAAGGUCACACCACGGCCUCUCCGCGUCUUCUCCCUCAUUUUCCCCUCCACCAUCCCAUCGCUCCAUCCCGCCAUGUAUUUCCACCGCCCGUUAUUGGCUUUUGCCCGUCGCCGCCGCAUGAACACGUCAAUGGUCCCCCCCCCCCCUUCGAAAAUCGAGGCACGUUACAAUCGUUAGACAAGACAGACAAUCUAUCUGUCGGUCUGUCGGUCUCUGGCUACUGGUUUCUGGCUCCAGUGCCGGUCUGUCCGUCCGACAAGAGCCGCAAACUAACUAACUACUACUACUUACCAUUCCGCCCGGCCAUAAACUAGACUGAACUUAGCCCCACCCGCGGGGGAUUCUUGUUCUGCAUUCCUUCCUUUGUGCGGAUGAUCGAGAUCAGAAAACCCUGUCUGACUCGAAUUCGACAUUCUCCCUUUCGUCUGUGUUUGCGUGCUUGUGCUUGUGCUAGUGUCUCUGCGUGUGGUGCGAGUUGCGCCUUUGCCCGGUUUACCCUUGGGCGAGACUCCAAUCCUCUCAUCCCUCCACUGGUUUUCAUCCAUCGAUUUGUUUGU